AUGGCGAGUGGCUGGAGCCCAGACUUCCUGCAGGCCUCCGCCGCCUGCCUGUGGCAGCAGCCGCUGCUGCAGCCGCAGCGGGAGCUGGAGCAGCAAGACGCGCAGCAGCAAGGUGACCCGCAGCAGCAGCAGCAGUGGGCUGAGGGGUCGGAGCAGCAGCUGCUGCAGCGGCGGCAGCAGCAGCAGCUGCGGCUCGACGACGGCGCGGGCGCAGACGCUGCUGCUGCGUGUCUGCAGCCGCCGCGUACCUACGCGGAGCAGCAGCAGCGGCAGCAGCAGCAGCAGCUGCUGCUGCUGCAGCAGCAGCACCAGCAGGAGGAGCAGCGCCGCCACCUGCAGCGAAAUCUUAUGCAGCAGCUGCAGCCACCAGAAGGCCUCCAUUGCGGGCCAGCGGGCCGUUUGGCUCUGAAACAGUUUUUUGAGCGUGCCUACGUGCUGUCUCGCGCGCCGCUUUCUGUGGAGUCAUGUGGGCCCCGCGACCCUCGAGGGUCAGUGGCCAAGAAGCAGCAGCAGCAGCAGCAGCAGCAGCAGCAGCAGCAGCUGGUGCCGCCGCUGGCGCGUCAGGGCAUGCAGAGCAACAGCAGCUUGGGCUCGGGAGCAGCAGCAGGAGGAGCAGCGCAGCAGGAAGGCAGCAGCGGGUGCGGGAGCGGCGAGGAGGGCGCUGCAGCAGCAACAGCAGCAACAGCAGCAACAGCAGCAACAGCAGCAACAGCAGCAGCAGCAGCAGCGCGGGCGAGCCUCGCGCCCGCCUCCCCAGCCAUCAUCGCCUGCCGCCGCUGGCAGCAAACUCAAGGCCUUGCAGACCCUCGUGCUGCAGCAGUUGUGUCGCUGCUGCGGGCUUUGGGGUUUCCCCGAAAUCAAACUUAUAAGGAUUUGUUUCUUUCCUUUUUGCUGCCGCGGGCGCUGCAGCGGGUGCAGCGGCUUGCUGCGGAGCUGGCCAAGGCCCGGCAGGCUGCUGCAGCGGGCGGCAGGCAGCAGCAGCUCAUGCUGCAGCAGCAGCAGCAGGCUGCUGCUGCUGCAGCAGAGCCCGCCACUGGCCGCAGGCGCGUCUCCGUCGACGCCGGCGGCGGCGGGCCCAGUGCUGCUGCUGCUGCUGCUGCUGCUGCCGUCGCCGCCACUGCAGCAGCCACCGCGGUGAACUGCGUCUCUGCUGCUGCUGCUGCUGCUGCAGCAAGAGCUGCAACAAUCGAAGCUGUGCUGCAGCGCGCUGUAAGAGAACUCACCCCCACCUUUCAGGUGCGGCCGCUGCAGCCGCUGCUGGCAGCACUUUUGGAGGCGCUGCUGCCGCAGCAGCCAGCCCCCCAGAUCAUGAAGCUGCUGCUGUCGGGCUCUCCUGCUGCAGCAGACUUCCUCAAGGUAGCUGCGCUGCCAACACGGCAGUCAGUGUGGGUGCACCAGCCGUGGCGGUUUUAUGACGAGGUGUCUGUACACCUGGAUGCAUGCGCUGCGCUGCUGCACCUCGAUGUAACAGACGCGGUGCUGCGGCUGGUGUCAACGCACCCCAAGACCAGCAGCAGCAGCAGCAGCAGCAGCAGCAGCACAGUGCGUGAGAGCGGGAACAGCGUGGCUGUGGAGGUGCUGCAGCGCCUCGACAUGCUGCUGCAGUACGUUGCUGGCAGCAGGUGUCUGUACACUCUGCUGCUGUCUAUCUUGCGGCUGCGAUUUCUGCAUUCUUUGCUGCCUGUGGGGCGCUUCCGGAUUGCAAUAAAGAAGGCAGCAGGUGGCAGCAGCAGCAGCAGCAGCAGCAGCGCGCCAGCCAUCCCCCCCAGCCCGGCCACGGCCCAGCAGCAGCAGCAGCAGCUCGACCUAGAGACAGGAGAUGCUGCAGCAGGUGCUGCUGCUGCGACUGGCUGGGGCGGCGGCCUCGGCGGCCACUUCAUCCCUAUUGAGAGCGUAGCGCAGCAGCAGAAGCAGCAGCAGCAGCAGCAGCAGGCAGCAGCACAACGCGCUGCAGUCGAAGCAGCUGCUUCGGGCCCCAGCUGCGAGGCCUCGCCGGCACCUGACGGGCGCUCUCCCAGUGCAGCAGCAGCAGCAGCAGCAGCAGAAGCUCGGGGACCCGUGAGCGGCCUCGCUUCCGCUGCAGCAGGUGACGACCCCAGCAGCAGCAGCAAAAGCAGCAGCAGCAGCGAGUGCUGCGGCGUGGAGUGCGAAGCAGUGUGGGGUACUGUUCGUUUGCUGCUGUUUGCUCGUGCUGCUUUUCUCUUCGGCGAAGCAGAAACAGCAGAUCCUCAAGCUGCCUUGGCCCAGUUUGCCCUGCAUGCAGCGCACGUGGGUCUUGACGACGAGGAUUCGCCGCAGUUGCAGCAGCUGCUGUUUGCUAGGGACACCAGAGAAGAGCUCCGCAGCUGCAGGGUCAAGUCUAGCGGCGACCUGCUGGACGCCUCUUUGCUGCUGCUGGCGCCUCCCGUGCUUCGCUGCUUGUCGCGGUGUCUCAGCAGCAAAUUGCUGCGGCAGCCUUCGCAGCAUUCUUUUUGUUCUUUGGGUGAAGAUGCAGCAGCAGGUCAAUUCCUGGGCCUCACGCUGCUAGGGCUGUCUGCGCCGUACGUGGGUCUCAUGAAGUUCUUGCUGGAGUCGCCUCCGACUGCUGCUGCGCUUGCUGUUGGAGCCCAGCUCACUUCGCAGCAGCAGCAGCAGCAGCAGCAAACGAGGAGCUAUUUGAAGCCGAGCCACGCCGAAGGGAGCGGCAGCAGUAGCAGCAGGAGCAGCGGCAGCAGCAGCAGCUGCGGUAAGAGCAAUCAUGAGCCGCAGCAGGCCGGAGCGCAAGAACUGCAUAUACCAGCAGCAGCAGCAGAACCGACAUGUGCAGCAGCAGCAGCUGCUGCUAUAGGAGCUCGGGAGCUGAAAGGCAGCAUAUUUGAUGAGGGCAACGAACACGAGACCCCCUUUGCUUCCCCCGCUAUACGGUCAGCAGCACCCCCAGCAGCAGCAGCAGCAGCAGCAGCAGCAGCGGGACCCGUGGGCUUCCCCCCAACCCGCCCCUUCAGGGUCGUUGCUGCGCACCCACAUGUAGACGCAGCAGCAGCUGCCACAGGUGGUGCUGUUGCUCCUGGCACGGGAAGAAACAGCAGCAGCAGCAGCAGCAGCAGCAGCCACAGCAGCAGCAGUCACAGCAGCUAUGUUCGCUCCAAGCGGUCCCUCUCAAGCAGCGAGUUGGCCCCGUUGGCGCGCCCACGGAGCGGAAGCACUGGGGAGCAGCAGCACCUGCAGCAGCACCAGCACCAGCCCGCGCAGCAGCAGCAGCAGCAGCAGCAGCGAAGGCAGCUGGCCAUUCCCCUUUCGCGGGUGCUGCAGCACGUGACAGAAGGAGCUGCUGCUUCGCAAAGCUCGCGCGUCUUGGCAGUGGUGCAGGACUGUUUGAGGCAUCAGUUAGCCGAGGACGGCGCAGCAGCAGCAGCAACAGCAGCUGCUGCUGCUGCAGUACCUGCUGCAGCAGGUAGCAGGGGUGUCGUCGUUGGCUAUGAAGCUUCGCUGCUUACUGUUUGCUGUCCCACUUCUUUUCUUUCUGCUUAUCUUCCGCCCUUUGCUGGUCACGCGUGGUCAGGUUUGCUGGCGAGUUUGCUGACGCUGUUUGCUACUGAGCCGCAGCAGCAGCAGCAGCAACAGCAGCAGCAGCAACAGCACCAACAGCAGCAGCGAAUUGCCGCGCUGGCCAAAGCUAUCAUCAAGCAGCAAGAACAGCUGCAGCAACAGGCAGUGCCCCCGAAAGGAUGCAUGCAGCAGACGCUGCGGCUGCUGGGGCGGUGUGCCCAGGCCCUUAGCGCAGCUGCUGCUGCAGCAGUAGCAACAGGAGCAGCAGCAGCAGCAGCAGCAGAUGCGUCGGACGGCCUGCGUGGUGCGUCUCCCGCAGCAGCCGCUUUUGGCGCUGCUCCGGACACGGCAGCACCAGCAGCAGCAGAGCAGACUACCCCGUUGGCAGCAGCGGGACCAGCAGCAGCAGCAGCAGGAGCAGCAGCAGCAGCCAAAGGGAGCGGCGCAGCUCCGCUUGCUGCAUGCGCUCUCUUCUGCUCAAAACUCAGAGUGGCUCUCUUGUCCGUAAACGACGAGGACGUCUGCCGCCGCCUGCUCAUGGCUGCCAACACUGAGUUGCUGCUGUGCAGACUGCUGCUGCUGUGCCUGCCGGGCGACAACUGCGCGAGCGUUAUGCACCGCCGGCUGCUGCAGCACCAGCUGCUGAAGACAACAGUCAUGAGAGAUGCCCUGACAGUAUCUUCUUUGAAGCGCAAGUACAAGCAAGCUGCAAUGGUGGCCAGAAGACCUGCUGCUGCUGCUGCUGCUGCUGCUGCUGAGGCCGUCGCUGGUGCUGCUCCUGGUGCCGCCGCUGCCGCGUCAGCGAGGCCCGCUGCGGGCACUGCGCCAGGCACGCCUGCAGCGAGCGGGCAGCAGCAGCAGCAGCAACAGCAGCAGCAGCAGAGCAUGCAGCAGCAGCAGCAGCAAACUGGGGAAAAGAAGGCCGCCUACGCCGCGUUGACUCCUCAAGGCUUUCUUUGCCACGAAACCCUCGAGUUGGAUUUCCUGCAGCUCUUCGAGAAGAAAGAAACUGUCAGACUUGCCUUCGUUCCGCGAAAACAGCUGCAGCAGCAACAGCACGUGCUGCUGUUGCUGAAGCAACAGCAGCAGUCGCAGCUGCGACCGCAGCAAGAGUAG